UCGUUCAGUCAGUGUAUGUUUCAGUUUGCAAUAUAAUGCAUGUUGCCAUCAUAACAAAUCGAAUGAACUAAAACACAUUAUGGCAAUGAAUAAAACAGUUUUUUUGGCAAUAAUCAUAGGAGUAAUAGUUUGUUCAACACAGGCAGGUAACACUAAGGAGUCAGAAUGCAAAGAAGAAAUAGAACAAGAAUUACGCGAUUAUGUCAAAUUGGAUGGUUGGCAGAAACUUUUCACACGACAUUUCAAAUUUAUUGUCAACGAGAAUAAUGAAGUCUUAAGUGAAAGGAAACGACUGAAGUUUAAUACAAUUAUACAUAAUGCAAUAUAUGGGUGCAACCAUGAACGUGACGACGAAGUAGAUGACUGUCCAAAUAUUUACCAUGGAAGUAUAAGGACAUGUAAACAUGGACAAAAUCUAAGAUCUGCCAUGUUUAGAGCGGCGAGAUGUAAUUUUGUUGAAUCGUCCGUCAAGCAUAUAAUUCUAAGUGAUGCUUUGUUAAAUACGUAUCCAUUAAACGAGUAUGACAAAAUAUCUGCUAAUGUCGACAAACCAAUUAGAGAAUUUGGUGACAAUGUUAUUAACAUACUGAGCAUACUUUCUCAUGGUGAAACAGAAGGACUCGGUGAACUAAUGGCUUUACAUUUAUAUUUAAACAAUGUAUAUGAUACUGUCUUCAUACAAAAGAUACCAAUAGAACCAGUGAUGUCAUCAGUUGAUUUAGAAAUUGCUAAGGAACAUAUAAGAAAGGUUCAUAGUAUGAUUUUAGAUAAAUUGUACACAUUUUGGGACACUUGGUGUAGCGAUACAGACAUAGUGACUCAGUUUCGAUUAAAGUAUAAAAACGAUGAAUACAUAGUUAUAUUAGAUGAAAUGAACAAAAAUAUUGAAGAGACUGAUGAUUUUAUUCGUAGUUUAAACGUUUCUAAUAACGUAGUAAAUUUAGAUUUCGAUCCACAGAGGAUAGCGCUAACGGGUUUUGUGAACCAUCUAAUUUCAAAUACACCCAUGCCAAACGAGCUUUUGAUUGACUUGAAGUUAAAAUCUUUUGAGGCUACGUAUGAAUUUAACCCACAUGCUAUGUACACGUAUCAUAAGUCCGUAUUUAAAACUAUAUACAUUUAUUUUUAUUGGGCAACAAUAACACACUUAAAACUAGGUAUUCAAUUUAUCGACGAAAUAGAAAAUUAUGAAGUAACAAAAUACCAAACGAGUUUUAUAAUUAACUUCGUCAAAUAUAUACGACCACUAGCAGUAUUCGAUAUUAACCGAUCUCAGUUUGCAUUAAAAUUGUCUACAGAAGCUUCAAAGAAUUUAAAUAGUUUGAUUUCCUUUUUAUUAAAGUAUUUUGACGAUUUAAGAAAUACAAAUUUAAAGGAAGUGAUUUUAUUAUCAAGACUAGAAAUUCAAAAAAUCGUUAAUUUAUUAAGUGCUGACAUGGAAAUUAUGUUAAAUAUGAAAGCACCAGAUAAUUAUUAUUAUGAUGCUAUAAGUUAUGAAAACGUAUUGAAAUUAAUGCGAUCAAACUACAAAGCAUUUAAUCGUUUAGUUUUAGCAACAAGUGGCUUUAAAGAAGAUCGAAUGAAUGUAAUUAAAUUAAAGAAAUGUUUCUUUUAUUUGUCCGAGGCCAUAGAGUUUGAUAGUGAUUCAUAUUUGUAACUUUUGUUAUUCAAUUAUUAUAAUAUGACAUAUUUUGUUUGUAAAUAUCUAUUUUGUAUACUGUUAU